CCACAGUGCCGGCUCGGGAGAUGGUGGAGGGACCAGGCUGUACUCUAAGCGGAGAGAAAAUUCGGGCGCGCGUGCGCCCGGGCCAGGCAGUGACGGACGUGCGGGGAAGCACUCUGCAGAGCCUGGGGGACCCCGGCCGGGGGGCAGCCUCGGUAGCUGUGGUCCCUUCCCAGGCUGCUGCACUGAAUAAUAAUAAAGAUUCCAGCCAGAAUUUCUUGAGACUGUUUAAUGGAUGCGUUUACGGUGGCGUGGAAACUUUGGGGAAGGAGCUCUUUAUGUACUUUGGGCCAAAAGCUUUACGGAUUCAUUUUGGAAUGAAAGGCUCCAUCAUGAUUAAUCCACCUGAGUGUAAAAAUAAAGGUGGAGUUCCUCCUGUUUUUGAAGUGCAGCUCACCAAAGAUCUGAUUUGUUUCUUUGACUCAUCGGUGGAACUCAGAAAUGCAACAGAAAGCCAACAGAGAAUAAGAAUGAUGGAAGAAUUAGAUGUAUGUUCACCUAAAUUUAGUUUCUCAAGAGCAGAAAGUGAAGUUAAAAAGCAGAAAGGACGGAUGCUGUGUGAUGUGUUAAUGGAUCAGAGAGUGUUGCCCGGAGUGGGGAACAUCAUCAAAAAUGAAGCUCUCUUUGACAGCGGUCUCCACCCGGCUGUUAAAGUUUGUCAGUUAACAGACGAACAGACCCAUCACCUUGUGAAAAUGACACGUGAAUUCAGCAUUCUUUUUUAUAGGUGCCAUAAAGCAGGAUCUGCUGUCUCUAGACACUAUAAGGUUUACAAGCGUCCUAAUUGUGGUCAGUGCUACUGCAAAAUAAUGGUGUGUCGCUUAGGGGAGAAUCAGAGAAUGACGUAUUUCUGUCCUCGAUGUCAAAAAGAAAAUCCUCAACAUGUUGACAUAUGCAAGCUGCCUGCUAGAAACACUACAACCAGCUGGCCGUCUAGAAGAGGGGAUCAUCUUAUGGACCACGUGGCUCAGAAAUCUGAAGAGCAAUGGACGUGUGCGGUCUGCACGCUAAUAAAUAAGCCUUCUUCUAAGGCGUGUGAUGCUUGCCUAACUUCAAGGCCUGUUGAUUCAGUACUCAAGAAUGAGGAAAAUUCUAUUGCUUUUAACCACUUAGUGAAGUACCCUUGCAACAACUUUGGAAAGCCAAGUACAGAAGUGAAGAUCAACAGGAAAACUGCCUUUGGAAGUACAACCCUUGUCUUAACCGAUGUUAGCAAUAAAUCCAGUGCUUUGGAAAGAAAAAAAAGCCAAAACCAGAUGCUAGAUGAGGAAUUUCAAAACUCUCCUCCUACCAAUGUCUGUCUUAGUGAUAUACCGCACCCCUCCAAGGAGAGAACAAACCAUGUAACUCAACUAUCUAACGAAGUAAACCUAUCACCUGGGGUCUGCCCUCCAUCUAAAUUAUUUAGUCCAGCAUAUAAAAAAUUGAAAACAACCCACUCCUCAUCACCAGAUCUCAAAAGUUGCAACCCUGGAUUUUCCAACAGGGAACUUCAAAUUAAUAAGACAGAUGGCACCUGUACGCUGAAUGCUGGCAGUCCCCGCUGCAGUAAACACCACCGCCUCUGUGCUCUCCGUGUUGUGAGGAAGGACGGCGAAAACAAGGGCAGGCAGUUCUAUGCUUGUCCUCUACCUCGAGAAGCACAAUGUGGAUUUUUUCAAUGGGCAGACUUGUCCUUCCCAUUCUGCAACCAUGGCAAACGCUCCAUCAUGAGAACAGUGUUGAAGAUUGGACCUAAUAAUGGAAAGAAUUUUUUUGUGUGUCCUCUUGGGAAGGAAAAACAGUGCAAUUUUUUCCAGUGGGCAGAAAAUGGGCCAGGAAUAAAAAUUAUUCCAGGAUGCUAAUAUUUUCUCCUUCUGUAGAAUAUCUGGCAUUUAAUCUCUUCAAACUGUGUAUAAUGGUUAAUCCCCUUUUCUUUAAUAAAAAGGUUGUAGAAUAUCUAUGGUACAUUGUAAAGUUAUUACAAUAUUUGAGAACUGUUCAUUUUUUUUAUGUGUGCCAUCUUUCCAUUCUAUGGCUAUUUUUUUUUUACCUUGGUGAACGUUAUAUGUGUUUCAUGAAAUAUACAAUAUAUUCCAUUUAGAAUGUAUAUUUAGUGCAUUUAGUAAUGACAAUAAAGUAUUUUUAGUAUGC